AUGAACGGUGAAGAAACCGAUUCUCAUAGCAGCAGUGACUUCGGAGAUUUAGAAUUUAAUAGUGAAGUUAGUUAUGAAUCAACGCGUUCUUCGUCCUCAGAUACUUCUCAAUCCUAUUUUUGGCACCAACAAUUCAUCAAAAUUGAUCUUAAAAAGAUUAAUCUCAUCAACGGAAGGCAAAUCUUUUCUGAUAUUCCAAAGCUUUCUCUAAUUUUGCGAUUUAUUACGAAUGAAUUAUGUAUCACUUCAAAUGUCACAUUGAAUGAAAUAGUGAUUCCGUUAAAUCAACUUAAGAAACUUAAAAUAUCGCAAGAAAGAGAAAUACUCGUGGAUUUUAGAAAGAAUUUUGAAAGAUUUAAUUAUAAUUAUCCACAAGGACUUUUAAAUCUUAGAAUUCAUUUGCCUUUCGAUCCGGCUGGAGGUGACUUAAAUGAUGUCACGUCUCUCUUAUUCGUGCCGGCUGAUUGGGUGGACAAUAAUACUUUAAUAUUUUUUGGUGAAGGUAUCAAAAAAUUGUUGGUAACUCAGGUAAAUGAAAAUAAUUUUAAAAAACUGGAUAAUAGUGGCAAUAAAACUAGUGAUAAUGAACUCCAGAUCACUUGCAACUUUCUUUCAAAAAAAUUUAUUAUUAAUGUGGCGAUGGAGACUAAAUUUAAAGACAUACUUGCAUGUAGUGGAUAUAAGGUUGAUAUUAACCCAAAUCGUGUGACAUAUAAAAAUUUGUCAAAUGAUACGAUUACUCUAAUUGAUGAAGAAGAUUGGAAUGCG